GACGCGCCCGGUGGGCGGCACCGGGUUCGAGAGAUGUCCGCGCCCACGGCGCUCGCAUCGACGAUGUCGGCGAGUCGCACGAUCGCCCCGACCCGUUCCAUCGCGUUUCGUCGUCGUGCGCGGCUCCGUCGCGCAUCCCCCACCUCGGUUCGGCGAAGCCGCGUCGUCGCUCACGCGGGCGGGGACUCCUCCGAUGUCGUCACCCCGUGGUGGCACUCCCUGCCGGUGGUUCACAUCCUCGUCUUCUCCCCGGAGACCGAGGACGAGGCCGUGUACACCACGUCCAGGAGGGACGGCGACACCGCCGCGAACUCCUUCGUCGCGUUCGAGGACCUGAGGGACGCCACCCGCGCGUCCGUGGCGGUGAGCGAUCAGCUGGACGGGUGCGAGAUGCCCACCGUGGACAGCGUGGACCCGCGGGUGAUGAUCUUCCUGGCGGACUCUUGCGGCUACGGCGUGGAGGUUGUGCCGGCGGGUGGCGAGUUCGAGCCCCCGGCGACGGUCAUCGACGACUUCAGGCGGUCGUACGAGGCCGAAGGCGGGGCGGAAGCUGAGCGCUCGCGGAGUCGGGACGGGACGGACGAGCUGGCCAUAUCCACGGUCGACCUCCAGCGGUACCUCAGCGACGGCGGCGCCCUUCCCGUGCUCCCUCCCGAGGACGACGACGCGCGAUCGAGUGAAGCGGCGUUAGAGGCUGAGGACGGGGCGAGGACGCUGGAGGCGAGGCGGGCGGCGGCGGAGGCGGUGCGGAGCGCGCUGGCGGGUUCCGUCGCCAACCUGAGUGGGUCGGUGAGGCUAGCCGCCGGGGUCGGCGGCAAGGUUAAGUCGAUGCUCACCCCGAUGCGGCGGGUGCAACGCUCGAUGCGUGGGGCCUCCGCGAUGUACGAGGCGCUCAUGGGGAUAGCCGAGCGGCGUAAAGGAGAGGAGAAGUAACACGCGGCGGCGUCGAGGAGCUCGGCGCGUGGUUCGCAUCUGAUCAAAUCGCGACUAUUUUUUUCUACCAAAGA